UAUGCAAUUCCAACAAGCGGGACGGUCACGGCACGAAAAUAGUUUAAUUUAUUUACAUUUUAAAUUUAAGUAGGCGCAGUUUAUUCAUUGUUCACAGCUAUAUUAUUAUUAAAAUGGGCUUCGUUUUAUCGAAAUUUAGGAAGGAAAAAUCGACAACAACUGUUCUGGAGGAACUGCAAAUUCAGAUACAAGAACUUGAAAAGAAUGUGAUCUAUACGCAGGAUCGUAAAAGGCGAUUUGUUACCAACUUUGUUGGCUUCACAAUUGGCGUCUACAUUGUUGGCUUUGCGCUAUGGUAUUUCUUCUACUUCCCGCCAACAAUGCAAGAGCGCAUCAUGUACUUGGUUCCGCUGUUGCUCUUCCCCGUUCUCAUUGUUUUCUUGCGUCAAAUGUUUACGUGGUAUUUUCAGCGCAAGCUCAACAAAAAUGGCGAUAAGCUAAAACAGCUGAAGGAGAAGAAGAGCAAGUUAUUGGAGCAGGUCAUGAACAAGGAAACAUACAAGGUGGCAGUGAAUCUUCUUGAACGGUUUGGUGAUAAGCAACAGAAUCGUAUGUUGGGUAUAUCGGGCACAAGUCGUCCCGCUCCGAGCAGCACAACGCCCAACCGGUCGAUAUCGUCAUCUACGAUGCAGCGGGCGCCACAAGCACUGACGCCCUACACGAGCGUUUACCGCAACGUGAAUAAUAACCUAAACAGCAGCGUCAUCUCGUCCAACUUGCAAGUGACGGCAACAACGCCGCAGGUGCGUGCAAUGCAGGAGCUGCGCAGGCGCACUCCAUUCCCCAUUGUGGAUGAGAGUUCGCGCAGUGCAUUGGAUCGCAUUGUGGACUUUAUUGUGGGCGACAGUCCACAGAAUCGCUUUGGCAUGAUAUGCAAGGAAUGCCAUAAGCACAAUGGAAUGCUGCCAAUGGAGGAUUACGAGUAUACAACAUUUCAUUGCGCUUUUUGUGGCACACUGAAUCCUGCACGCAAGGAGCGACCUGUGGCGCCACGUCUGUCUCUGGAGGCAAGAAAUACAGAGACGCCACAGUCUUCACAGCUACGGAACGACAGUUCCGAUAGUGAUUCUUCAGACGAUGAAGAAGAUGAAUACGAUAAUAUGCUUUCAACGCGUCGCGCUCUGCACGAUGACUUGCCAAUGACUGAUACCGAAGCUGAUGCUGAUCCUAAAGUGGAUGCUGACGCUGAUAUUACGACAACUACGACUGCAACACACAUGGAGGAGACUGAAGCUGAAGCUGAAGCGGCGAAAGCAACAACUGUUAGCGAGACUGAAGCGAAAGAAUAGAAUACAUAGAAUAUUCAGCUCUCCCAAGUGCGCCAUGAACAGGUUUUUAGGCUCCGCAAAGCGGUAGCUUUGAAUAAAUCAACUUAUGCAUAUUUUACUUAGAGUCUACAUUAUUAUUAAAUAACACUAUGUUGGUAAGCGAAUUUUUCUUAGAAACUUUGUUUAAUUUAUCCCCCCAAAAACACUCACUAGUUAAAAUUAACAAAA